CUUCAUCAAAACACGAUGAAAACUUUAUUCUUGUUACUUCUCUUCUGUCACGGAUCAUCAGUCAAGCACACCAUGAAAUUGUUCAGCACUGGAUCUACUGGACUCUCAAACAUCCCAGAAUUUAUGGCAACCGUAGAGUUUGAUGGGAUUCUGUUGGCUUACUGCAACACCAACAUAAGGAGACUAGAAAUAAGACAGGACUGGGUGAAAAUGUUCUAUAAGAACAAUUCUCAGCACUUGGAGCCGUACAAAGCGGUGUGUUGGGAGCGUCUGCCAGUGUUCUUCAAAGCCACGAUCAAGCGUCUGAAGCAGCUCUUCAACCAAAGUGGAGGUGUCCAUGUGUUACAAAGGAUAGAUGGCUGUGAUUGGGAUGAUGAGACUGGAAAAAUUAAAGUUUUUUCACAGUAUGGUUAUGAUGGAGAGGACUUGAUAUCAUUGGACCUGAAGACACUGACGUGGAUCGCUCAGAAACUCCAGGCUGUCACCAUCAAACAGAGAUGGGAUGCUGACAAAACAAGAACAAAAAACAUGAAGAAUUACCUCACUCUGGAUUGUCCUGAAUGGCUGAAGAAGUUGUUGGCUUCAGGCAACAGCUCUCUGCUGAGAACAGAUCUUCCCACAGUGUCUCUCCUCCAGAAGACUCCCUCCUCUCCAGUCAGCUGCCACGCUACAGGUUUCUACCCUGAGAGAGCCACACUCAGCUGGAGGAAAGAUGGAGAGGAGCUUCAUGAGGACGUGGAGCUCGGAGAGAUCCUCCCCAACCACGAUGGAACCUUCCAGAUGAGUGCAGAGCUGAAGCUUUCAUCAGUCACACCUGAGGACUGGAGCAGGUACACCUGUGUGCUUCAGCUCUCAGGUGUGAAGGAGGACAUCGUCACCAAACUGGACAAAGCACACAUCAGGACCAACUGGGUUCCUCCCUCAGAGUUUCCUACUGGUGCAGUUGUUGGAGUUGUUGUAGGACUUCUGCUGCUGACACUCUGCAUCUGUGGACUCCUCAUGUGGAGAAGGAACAGGACUGGAUUCAGACCAGCAGAGACCCAACCUCCACCUGAUGAACUUUGUCAAGACUGUUUUGCUGAAACACAGUUUGUUUCUGACCUCACAGCUCCUGCCGACUACUAUGAGACCUCUGAGAACCUGAAUAAGAUAACAUAAGAACUUUAUUGAUCCCGCAGGAAAUUGUUGUGCCAGGGUUGCAAUACAAAGAAGUAAACAAAAGUAGAAAGUAAUU